CCGAGCUCCCACCUGCACGCGGCGCGGGGAGCCUCGCGGAGCGGCCCCUGCCUCGGAGCCCCGCCGGCGCCCGGACGCGCUGCGUGUGCCCCGGAGGAGGAAGCCCUUCCCUCGCCCGCCGUGCCCGCCCGGAGGCCCGUGGGGGCCCGGCCCGCGUGGACAUGCUCGUCCUCAGGCGCCUCCUCGCGUGGCUCCAGCUGCUCGGCGUCUGCCGCCUCGAUUGGACUUAUGGAUACUACAGACAACAAAGAAAACUUGUUGAAGAGAUUGGCUGGUCCUAUACAGGGGCACUGAAUCAAAAAAACUGGGGAAAGAAGUACCCAACGUGUAGUAGCCCCAAACAGUCUCCCAUCAACAUUGAUGAAGAUCUUACCCAAGUCAACGUGAAUCUUAAGAAACUUAAAUUUCAGGGUUGGGAUAAAACAUCUUUGGAAAACACCUUCAUUCAUAACACUGGGAAAACAGUGGAGAUUAAUCUCACUAAUGACUACCGUCUCAGUGGAGGAGUUUCAGAAAUGGUGUUCAAAGCAAGCAAGAUAAGUUUCCACUGGGGAAAAUGCAAUAUGUCUUCUGAAGGAUCAGAACAUAGUUUAGAAGGACAAAAAUUUCCACUUGAAAUGCAGAUCUACUGCUUUGACGCGGACCGGUUUUCAAGUUUUGAGGAAGCAGUAAAAGCAAAAGGGAAGUUAAGAGCUUUAUCCGUUCUGUUCGAGGUUGGCAUGGAAGAAAAUCUGGAUUACAAAGCAAUUAUUGACGGAGUCGAGAGUGUCAGCCGUUUCGGGAAACAGGCUGCCUUAGAUCCCUUCAUAUUGCUGAACCUUCUGCCAAACUCAACUGACAAGUAUUACACUUACAACGGCUCAUUGACAUCUCCUCCCUGCACAGACACUGUGGACUGGAUUAUUUUUAAAGAUACAGUUAGCAUCUCUGAAAGCCAGUUGGCUGUGUUUUGUGAAGUUCUUACAAUGCAGCAGUCUGGUUAUGUCAUGCUGAUGGACUAUUUACAAAAUAAUUUCCGAGAACAACAGUACAAAUUCUCUAGGCAGGUGUUUUCCUCAUAUACUGGAAAGGAAGAGAUUCAUGAAGCAGUUUGUAGUUCAGAACCAGAAAAUGUCCAAGCUGACCCAGAAAAUUAUACCAGCCUGCUUGUGACAUGGGAGAGACCACGAGUGGUUUAUGAUACCAUGAUUGAGAAAUUUGCCGUUCUGUAUCAGCAGCUAGAGGGAGAAGACCAAACCAAGCGUGAAUUUUUGACCGACGGCUAUCAAGACUUGGGUGCUAUUCUCAAUAAUUUAAUACCCAAUAUGAGUUACGUGCUUCAGAUAGUAGCCAUAUGCACUAAUGGCUUAUAUGGAAAGUACAGUGACCAGCUCAUUGUUGACAUGCCUUCCGAUGACCCCGAACUUGACCUCUUCCCUGAAUUGAUUGGAACUGAAGAAAUAGUCAAGGAGGAAGAAGGGGGCAAAGACAGCGGAGAGGACGCUCUCGUGAGUCCCGGCAGAGACAGCGCCACAAACCACAUAAGGAGGAAGGAGCCCCAGAUUGCGACCACAACCAACUACAACCACGUGGGGACCCAACACAGUGAGGCCAAGACCCGGCGGCCCCCAGCGAGGGGAGGCGGAGCCCCCGGGCCCGGUGUGCGCCGCACCUCCCAGUGGGUCACGGCGCCGGCCCCCCGCGGAGGGGUCCCCUGGACACCCGGGAGCGCCGCCCGGCCGCCGCCUCCCACGCCUCCGCAGCUGCACCUGCCGGGGCCCGCGGGGUCGGGAGCCGAGUCCCCGGAGGCGUCCACCGACCUGGGCGAGGAGGAGGGCCUGCUGACGGCGCUCGGGCUGGCCCCGGGCGCCGACCACUCCGCGGGCCCCAGCGCCGCAGCCCCGCCCGCGCCCCGGGCCCCGGCGCACGACGGCCUCGCGCCCCAGCCCGCGGGACCCGCUCCCGGGGAGCCAGCCGCGUCCGGCUCCGGGGCCGAGGAGCCCCCGCCCGACGCCGCCUCGGAGGCCGGCGGGGCCGGCUCCGCGCAGCCCCCGGCCCCGCGCCCCCCCGCGACCCCCGGCGCGCACGGGCCGCCCUCCGCCGGCGCGGCCCCGGCCCCGACGGCGCCCCCCGGACGGCAGGACCCGGGCCCCCCGCGGCCCCCCGCGAGCGCGGCGCACCCGCCCAGCACGCCGCCCGGCUCCCACGGUGAGACGCCCGCCCGGCCUGCCCGCGCUAGCCCGGCCCGCCCUCUAGCCCCCCCGCUGCUUGCCGGCCGGACCCGCAGCGCCAGCCCUGCCGCUUCCAGCCGCGCCCCGGCCCCGGCCCCGGCCCCGGCCCCGCAUGCCGCGCCCUGUGACUCCGCCGCCGCCGCCGCCGCUUCCCCGACGCUUGUGCUGCCCGCAGCCCCCGAGCGCGGCCCCGCGGCCCCCGCGCCCCCCGCGCCCCUGCUGCUGCCCCCGCCCGGCGCGUCGGGCGACGGGGACGCGGACGGCGACGCCGACGCCGCCGACUGGUCGGGCGCCCCCGCGGACAGCGCGCUCCCCGCCCCCGACGGCCGCCCGGGCCCCGCGAUGCCGCGCGCCGCACCUGUGCCCCCGGGGCAGGCGGGGCCGCGAGCCGAGGCCGACGUCGCGCUCCGCCCCGAGCCCGCCCCGCAGGCGGUGCCCGGCGCCCCGGAGGACGCCCCGGAGGACGCCCCGGAGGACGCCGUCGGGGUGCGGCCCUCGCGGGCCCCGGCGCAGGCCCUCGGGGCGGCCGGGCCGACCCCUGCGCUGCGCGCCGCCCCCCGCGAGCCCGCUGCUGCCCCCGCCCCGGCCCCCGCCCCGCCGCCCCUCUGCGAGCCGUCGGCCCUCCCCGCGGAGCCGCUGCAGCCCUCCCUGCGGGCCCCCGAGGGGCGCGCCGCGCUCGCCACCGCCCCGCCCGCGCCGCGAGAGCCCCCGACGGCGGGCAGCCCAGGGCCCGGGCGCGGCGGGGCCGCCUCGGGGGGAACCGCGUCCGCCCCCGGGGCCCUGGGGCCCGCCGCUAACCCCCAGGGUUCAACCGCGUCUCAUGCAAGUGAGAAAUCCUUCGAACCGCUGUGGCCGAGUCGCCAAAGUUCGCAGUGGGCUCCGUCCUUGCUCAGUGAGGAGCCGCUGCCCACGGCCAGGCUGCAGGUGAGCCAUGCGCUCGCCCCGGGCGGAAGGCGGGCACCUGCUACCCCGGCCUUACUCACCAGCGAGCUCCUGUAUCCCCAUGAGCUUCUCACCUCCACCGACGGGUCCCUGGCCCACGAGGCGUUGGCUGGGGCUCCGGCCUCCACGGCCAGUCUGCAGGUGAGCCAUGCGCUCGCCCCAGGUGGAAGGCGUGCACCUGCUACCCCGGCCUUACCGACGACUGCGCCACCGAGCACACUCACGAGCGAGCUCAUACAUCCCUAUGAGCUUCUCACCUCCACCGACGGGUCCCUGGCCGACGAGGUGUUGGCUGGGGCUCCAGCCUCCACGGCCAGUCUGCAGGUGAGCCAUGCGCUCGCCCAGGGUGGAAGGCGUGCACCUGCUACCCCUGCCUUACCGACAACUGCGCCACUGAGCACACUCACGAGCAAGCUCGUAUAUCCCCAUGAGGUUCUCACCUCCACCGACGGGUCCCUGGCCGACGAGGUGUUGGCUGGGGCUCCGGCCUCCACGGCCAGUCUGCAGGUGAGCCAUGCGCUCGCCCCAGAUGGAGGGCAUGAACCUGCUACCCCAGCCUUACCGACGGCUGCGCCACUGGGCACACUCACGAGCGAGCUCAUAUAUCCCUAUGAGCUUCUCACCUCCACCGACGGGUCCCUGGCCGACGAGGCGUUGGCUGGGGCUCCAGCCUCCACGGCCAGUCUGCAGGUGAGCCAUGCGCUCGCCCCAGGUGGAAGGCGUGCACCUGCUACCCCUGCCUUGCCAACGACUGCGCCACUGGGCACACUCACGAGCGAGCUCAUAUAUCCCCAUGAGCUUCUCACCUCCACCGAGGGGUCCCUGGCCGACGAGGUGUUGGCUGGGGCUCCAACCUCAACAGCCAGUCUGCAGGUGAGCCAUGCGCUCGCCCAGGGCGGAAGGCGUGCACCUGCUACCCCUGCCUUACCGACAGCUGCACCACCAAGCACACUCACGAGCGAGCUCAUAUAUCCCGAUGAGCUUCUCACCUCCACCGAGGGGUCCCUGGCCGACGAAGUGUUGGCUGGGGCUCCAGCCACCGUGUCUGACUCGCCUGUAACGGCCCGUCAUUCUGUUCCCUCAGGAAGUGUGUACGCUUCCAUCACAGCUGUCCCCGCCGGCACACAGAGCCCUGUCCCCACAACCAAGGUGCUCCUUCCUUCCAAACCAGCUUCCGGGCAGAUCCCGAGUGCUGGGGCUGAUGGUGGUUUAGUGGGUGGUGGUGACGAUGGGGAUUCUGACGAUUACGACGACGACGACGACAGGGAGAGAGACAGCCUGGCCGUGAGCAGGUGUAUGUGGUGCUCCUCCUAUAGAGAAUCCCAGGAAAGGGUAACGAGCGAGGCAGACCCCCGAGAGGGCAGUCGUGGGGAUCAGGCCGCCCCGACCUCAGGGUCACUAUCUGAAAGCUCUGCGGAAGACAAUAAAGGCACAGGUGUGACAGCAGACAGUCAGGCGGACCCGCAGAGAGGCGCUGAGAAAUCCCCGCCAGCGCCCGAGCCGCCCCAAGAGCCCCGGAGCGGGAAGCAGGACCAGGACCCUCAGACCGGGAAGGCCCAGCCUCCUCGCCCCCCGGAGCCCGGAGCAUGGGCCGUGGUUGCCGGUGACGAAGAGAGCGGCUCAGGGCACGCCCUCAUGGAUAACCUGAAUGACAACGACACCUCCACAGAUUUCAGUUUUCCAGACAUUAAUGAGAGAGAUGUGGAUGGGGGCCUGGAAGCAGGUGACUCAGAAAUGCCCCCCAGAUCCCCUCAGUCCUCCACGCCGACGGUGACUAGCAGGCACUCGGAAGUAUUCAACAUUUCAGAGGCAGAGGCCAGUAAUAGUAGCCAUGAGUCUCGUAUUGGUCUAGCUGAGGGGCUGGAAUCCGAGAAGAAGGCAGUUAUACCCCUUGUGAUCGUGUCAGCCCUGACUUUUAUCUGUCUAGUGGUUCUUGUGGGUAUUCUCAUCUAUUGGAGGAAAUGCUUCCAGACUGCACACUUUUAUUUAGAGGACAGCACAUCCCCUCGAGUAAUAUCCACACCUCCAACACCUAUCUUUCCAAUUUCAGAUGAUGUUGGGGCAAUUCCAAUAAAGCACUUUCCAAAGCAUGUUGCAGACUUACAUGCAAGUAGUGGGUUUACUGAAGAAUUUGAGACACUGAAAGAGUUUUACCAGGAGGUGCAGAGCUGUACUGUUGAUUUAGGCAUUACAGCAGACAGCUCCAAUCACCCCGACAAUAAGCACAAGAACCGGUACAUAAAUAUCGUUGCCUAUGAUCAUAGUAGGGUUAAACUUGCACAACUUGCUGAGAAAGAUGGCAAGCUGACUGAUUACAUCAAUGCCAAUUAUGUCGAUGGCUACAACCGACCAAAAGCUUACAUUGCUGCCCAAGGCCCGCUGAAGUCCACUGCUGAAGACUUCUGGAGAAUGAUAUGGGAGCAUAACGUGGAGGUGAUCGUCAUGAUAACAAACCUCGUGGAGAAAGGAAGGAGAAAAUGUGACCAGUACUGGCCUGCUGAUGGUAGUGAAGAGUACGGGAACUUUCUGGUCACUCAGAAGAGUGUUCAAAUGCUGGCCUAUUAUACUGUGAGGAGUUUUACUCUAAGAAACACAAAGAUAAAAAAGGGCUCCCAGAAGGGAAGACCCAGCGGGCGUGUGGUCACCCAGUACCACUACACCCAGUGGCCCGACAUGGGGGUGCCGGAGUACUCGCUGCCUGUGCUGACCUUUGUGCGGAAGGCGGCCCACGCCAAGCGCCACGCCGUGGGGCCUGUCGUCGUCCACUGCAGCGCUGGGGUUGGAAGAACAGGCACGUACAUCGUGCUGGACAGUAUGUUGCAGCAAAUUCAACAGGAAGGGACCGUCAACAUAUUUGGCUUCUUGAAACACAUUCGUUCACAAAGAAAUUAUUUGGUGCAAACUGAGGAGCAGUAUGUUUUCAUUCACGAUGCUCUGGUCGAGGCCAUACUCAGUAAGGAGACCGAGGUGCCAGACAGCCACAUUCAUGCCUAUGUCAACGCGCUCCUCAUUCCUGGACCAACUGGCAAAACAAAGCUAGAGAAACAAUUCAAGCUCCUGAGCCAAUCAAAUAUACAGCAGAGCGACUAUUCUACAGCCCUAAAGCAAUGCAACAGGGAGAAGAACAGGACUUCUUCCAUCAUCCCCGUGGAGAGAUCACGGGUCGGCAUCUCGUCCCCGAGCGGGGAAGGCGCAGACUACAUCAACGCGUCCUAUGUCAUGGGUUACUAUCAGAGCAGUGAAUUCAUCGUCACCCAGCAUCCUCUUCUCCAUACCAUCAAAGAUUUCUGGAGGAUGAUAUGGGACCAUAACGCCCAGCUGGUAGUCAUGCUUCCUGAUGGUCAAAACAUGGCAGAAGAUGAAUUUGUUUACUGGCCAAAUAAAGACGAGCCUAUAAACUGUGAGAGUUUUAAGGUCACCCUUAUGGCUGAAGAACACAAAUGUCUGUCUAAUGAAGAAAAGCUUAUCAUUCAGGAUUUUAUCUUAGAAGCGACACAGGAUGAUUAUGUGCUUGAAGUGAGGCAUUUCCAGUGCCCCAAAUGGCCAAAUCCAGAUAGCCCCAUUAGUAAGACGUUUGAACUCAUAAGUAUCAUCAAAGAGGAAGCUGCCAGCAGAGAUGGGCCUGUGGUUGUUCACGAUGAGCCUGGAGGAGUGACGGCAGGAACUUUCUGUGCGCUGACAACUCUUAUGCACCAGCUAGAGAAAGAAAAUUCAAUGGACGUUUACCAGGUGGCCAAGAUGAUCAACCUGAUGAGGCCCGGAGUCUUUGCUGACAUUGACCAGUACCAGUUCCUCUACCGAGCGGUCCUCAGCCUCGUGGGCAGCAGGCAGGAGGAGAGUCCACCCACCGCCACUGACAGCAACGGCGCACCGCUGGCCCCCGGGAGCACGGCCGAGAGCCUGGAGUCCCUGGUGUAGCCCGGCCGGGGCGCGGCCGUCCCCAGAUCGAGGCAGGACAAGUGGCUUCCGCUCCGCUCCCUGCUCACGUCCACCACCUGACCGGGACCGUCGUGGCGUGGGAUCCCGCUGCCGAACUCCCGUCAUUAACAGCGUGUGCCUUUCUGCAGAACUUCUUGUGAUUCUUAGUUGCGUUUGAACUAAAAUGGUUGAAUUUUACAGUAUUUCUAAGAAUGGAAUUGUGGGUUUGUUUUCUCAUAAUGAUUUUAACAGAAAAAUUUUGAUUUAUAGAUAUUAGGAAUUCCCAACUACAGAACACAUGUUCGUUUGUACUGUCAGAUUUUAGCUGUAUUUGUAGCAAUCAUCAGGUUUGCUAGAAAUAUAACUUUUAAUAUAGUAGAUUGUAAAUAAAACACGCCGUUCCCUAUGAUAUUCAGCGAUUUACAACUGCAGUAUUCGCCUAAAGUAGAAAUAAUCUGAUACUUACUGUAAAUACUGCUCUAGUGUCUCCAUGGACCAAAUUUAUAUUUAUAAUUGUAGAUUUUUAUAUUUUACUACUGAGUCCGUUUUCUAGUUACGUGUAAUUGUUUCUUUUAAUGAUGUAAUUCAUUAUCUGGUCUUACUCUAUAAGCCCUGACGUUCUUUCGUGGUAUCUUAUAAAUUAACCGUGUUUUAGCAUGUGACUUUAACUUUUAUGGGAAAUAGAAAUACGUUUGUUUCAAAAGAUGUUUUUAUGAGAAUAACACCUUACCCAGCAUUGUUUCAAUUGGUUUUUAUCCAAGGCCUUGCAAAAAUAAAUAUGAAUAUUGCUAUCCAUUUGCAGUUGUUUGGGGAGUGUCGUGCUGGGGCACGUGCAGUAGAAAAGUGUAGACACGGGGGCCCCUGGGAUGGUGGAAGUGGAGAAAGGUUGAUGGGAUGGAGCUGCGAUUCCCAGCCUGGGCGCCGAGGUGCACGGGAGCUCACUGACAGCGCACAACCACUAUUAUUGCCUUCCUGGGACCUCACUACUCACCGUGGACCAAGCAAUGGUGGCAAACUUCAGUUAGAACCAAGCUGGGGCUAGAAUUGUGCAGAUUUGCUUGUCAGGGACGAGCUAGGCUGGCCUGGCAGCGGGUGGAUUGACAGACCCAGGCCGGGAGCUCUUCAACCCCAGGGUAGAAAGAAGGGAGGACGCCCCACGCGGGGCACAUGGGCAGCAUCCCAGAGCCCUGGGCAGCUGAAGUGCGGAGAGACGGAAACACCCUUGGCGACAGGGGACUCAGAGCCUGGAAGCUGUCCCCUGCCUCAGCUGGGACCGUUUAGUAGCAGCCCUGAGGAGGAGGUGCCAACCCCCAAGGACGCCCAGGGCCAGAGCCAGGAAAGUUUCCUUUAAACUAGUGGCUCUCGCGUCAGAAAGGACAAAUGCCCACCAUGUGCUUCGACGUGGGUGGGACGGGACUGGAGGGUGUGAUGCUGAGUGAAGUCAGUCGGAGAAGGACGAUCAUCACAUGGUCUCACUCUUACGGGGAAUAGGAUAGAGAAAGGGAUUAUAGGGAAAGGAGGGGAACUGAGUGGGGAAAACCAGCGGGGGAGACAAACCCU